UUUAACAUAACACAUUCUUUUCACUAAUCAAGGGAGGAGAUCACACAUAAUAUACUUAAAAAUUAAAAUACAAACAAUCAAUACAACUCUAAGCUAAGACGACAGAUUUAACAUCAAGAACAGAAAAAACUUGGCCUAAUACACGAUGCAGGGAGCGGCUGAAGAUCAUUUGUAUGUGAUUAAGUAGGACAGAUUAAACUCAUUUAUCUUUAAAGAGGAGGGAGCUGCACCUAAAAUCAAGAGGGAUAUGACAUCAAAUGGAAUAUUUGUUGGUUCUAUUUUUAAUUUUCAUAUUGAUCUCACAUUCCAAGUUAAGCUUUGUGUUUAACAAAAUGUAUUUCUGUAUUUAGAGCCUAUGAUCGAACAUCUAUCAAAUUCAAGGGUGUUGAAGCUGACAUCAAUUUUAGCUUAAGUGAUUCUGAGACGGAUCUGGUGCAGAUCAAUGUGCAGAUGAAGAAUUUGAGCAAGGAAGAGCACACAUUCCGCAGACCAAGAACUCGUUUCUCAAGAGAGAGCCCCUUUGGCAAUAGCCACAGGGAAAGUGAAGAGCAUAUCCAGCCCAACUCAGGCUCUUACGAUGUGGACAGCAGGGAUUCAAGGGGUCAAACUGAGGACAAUGAAAUCCAGUCUUGUCUUGCUUCCCCACCACCUCAUACACCUGAGACUGAUCAUUUCGGCUGCAUGGAUGUUGAACAUGGCAAUGGCAUUUGCAGGACAUGCUGCAGAACACAGAAUUUGAAAAGGAAGGUCAAAGUUGAAAUCAAAGCUCUCGAGUGGAUGUUUGCUAUUGCCAACUUCAUUGUUGAGCUCUUGUCAAUAGUUUUCGAGCAGCUUUCCUCCCAGCAUUACUCUCUUUUUCUGCCAGUAUGCGUGGGGAUGUCUUUCCUAGCUCUGUUUAUUUGCACCUUCGAGCUUGCGUAUAAGGCUCAGAAAGAACGAGCUACUUGGCGGUGGUGUGGCACAAUACCUUGGUUUUAUUAUCCUUCUCAAAGCGGCAUUCGUCUUGGUUCUGUCAUGGACAUUGCUGCAUUGGUUUGUGCAUUUGGUCAAUGCAUUCUCACAAUAGUUGGUUAUUGUUUGUUCCUUAGGAACGGUAAUAACCCAAUCAAAAUAUCCAUUUGGGCUAGCGUCUUUGCCUCUUGUCAGUUGUGUUCCAAGUUCUGUGGAGAAUUCAAACAUGAAGUUCAUGGGCAAGACACUUUACCUGUGCUCAAUGCACCAAGCCUGUGUCACUGAUCUAUAGUCCCGCCAUGUGCUACGCUUAUCAUCGCCGCGUUCAACAUCAGGAGUGACUUCUUUUGAUGAGCAGCUGUACCAGUUGCAUCUUAACCUGGAAAACUCGAUGUUUUUCAUUUGAGGUAUCUCGUGUUAGUCAGUGUUUAUUUGGAAUUAUGCCUAAUGCAGUAUUCUGUUUGAAGCUGCUAAGACACAGAGUACUCAGUAAUAGAAAUUACUUGUAUUAUCCAGUAUUCUCUUUGAACCAAUAAUAUAAAUUUCAUUUUCACUUGUA